CCUUGUUCUCUAUAUAUAUAUCCUCCUCAUCUUUUUUCAUCAUUCACCAUAAUAUCUGAUAAAAGAAGAAAGUCAGUAGAAUAAAAAGAAAUGGCUCAUUUGGUACAAGGGAGGAUGGAGAUUGACAUUGGGAUCAGAUCUUCGCCAAAAAAGUUCUACAAUGUGUUCAGCUCCAAGCCUCAGGACAUCUCGGACGCGAGCCCCGACAACGUACAUGGUACCAAGUUGCACGAAGGUGACUGGGGAAAGGUCGGGUCUGUUAUUCAUUGGGAUUAUGUCCAUGACGGACAGCCCAAGACUGCGAAGGAGAGAAUCGACGCCUUGGAUGAUCAGAAUAACAAAGCCACCUUCAGUGUGAUCGAAGGUGAUCUAUUGAAUUUGUACAAGACUUUCAUCCUGAUCGUUCAGGCCACUGCAAAGGAGGGGGGGACUGGGACCACCGUGCAUUGGACAAUAGAGUACGGGAAGGUAAGCGAGGAGACCCCGGAACCCUACUCUUUACUCGAGUUCGCCGUAAAGGUCACCAGGGACAUUGACGCUAACCUGACCUCUGGGGCCUAAGGACCUUUUCAAGGCUUUCUGUAAUAUAUGUACAUUUCUGCAUAAUUACUUGUGUGUAUGCUAUGUUAAAUAAGGAGCUGAUCUUGAGGAAAUAGUCUUAGUGUAAUGGCACAAGACGCCGAUAUCGAGAUCAAAAUGUCUUGAAUUUGAUCCUCACCAUUUCGUUUUAAUUUUUAUUUUUGUAUUAGGCCCAAUGGGCCUAUUGUCAAUAAAGAGCCGAUGUUGUAUUGUUGUGCCUCGGAUUAAUAAAAGUUAUCCUGAGUUUACAUUAA